UACAAGGCAAGGGGCAGGAGUGACACUCGUCUGGAGUUUAGCUACGGGGUGCCAGAUUUCUUUUUUGCACCGUUCGGCCCAUCUGAAGAAGAGAACAGGGGAUAUUGGGCGGCCUUUUACAUCGGGCGGUCCUUCGUCCGACCUCUCGUGGGGUGAGGCACGAUGUCACACAAGGGGCAAAGGUCGAUGUCCACCGCGGGAGAGGAGUUCUGUACUCUAUCCUCGGGCCUGCGGACGACCUGCACGCAGGACGAUAUCAAGAAGUCUUACAGAAAACUAGCCCUGAGAUAUCACCCCGACAAGAAUCUGGAGAACCCGGACAGCACAGAUAAAUUCCAGGAGGUCAACCGGGCCCACUCGGUACUGUCGGACGCAACCAAGAGGAACAUCUAUGACCAGUACGGCUCGCUGGGUCUCUAUGUAGCCGAGCAGUUUGGAGAGGACAAUGUCAACACCUACUUCAUGCUCUCCAGUUGGUGGGCAAAGGGCCUGUUCGCCGUCUGUGGGCUGCUGACAGGAUGCUACUUCUGCUGCUGCCUGUGCUGCUGCUUCAACUGUUGCUGUGGCAGAUGCAAGCCUCGGCCCCCGGCAGACCAGGACCCAAACGCGUACAUGUACUGCGAGGAUGUGGAAGAGCAGCGACUCGUAGACGACGACACAGAUGAAGGCAUCCCAGUGGCACACCAGCCUGUCGGCACGAGAAAGACGACACAGUUCCCUGGAGACACACCGUCAGAGAGGGAGCCUUACAGAGAUUAGCCUCCCCUGUGGUUGUCACCCGCUGCAAAGGGCACUUCUAUACACAGCGUGCAGAAUUUUAGAGAAAUUAAAGAUUGAUACUUUUGG